AUGUCGGACCUAUUCCGCAGAGCCUCUGAAGCGUUCCACCCUCGCCAGCGUCAAGGCUCGGCCGACUCAACCGAGGCCCCCGAGGCCCCAGACGCAAGAAGGCCUUCUGAGACAGAGCUGCUCAAGCAAAAGUCCGAGCCUUCUCAGCCUGAAUCUCACGUCAACGAGGCCAUUGCCGGUACGGCAAAUGAUAAUGUUCCCCUUCCAAAACAACGACGCCAUUGGGGCUGGCCCGGACACCACCAGGGAAAACCCACGGAAACAAAGGGGCAGCCUGCCCAGGCGCAAAAAGACGAUGAUUGGAUCAUUGGGACGUAG